CAGCGCUGUUAGCGAGCAUCUGUUCGAGUCUACAAGGGGUCAUAAAGACGCCCUUGACCUCAUCGCUGUCAAUAUUCAGAGGGGUCGAGACCACGGAAUACCGGCCUACUACUAUUGGAGGCGUCACUACCGUCUCAGGCACAUCCGUCAGCUGGAAGAAUUUGGUGAGGCGGGCAGUGCCAUGAAGACAGCCUAUAGGGAUAUCAGAGACGUUGACUUGUUUCCUGGCGGGUUAUUAGAGCCCUCAAUGCCAGGCGGUGUAGUCGGAGAAACUUUCGGCCACAUUCUAGCCAACCAGUUUGCAGAUCUGAAGUUUGGAGACGCCCAUUUCUUCCUUCACAAACAACCUCCUCGUGGAUUUAGGGCCGCCCAGAUCAAGGCUAUACUCAGUGUCAGCAUGUCCAGUCUAAUCUGUGCCAACUCGGCGGUCAGUCAAGUGCAAGCUGAUCCUUUCUACAUGGUUUCACAGAGAUGCCAACAAGUUCUGACGUACAACAACAUACGACUUUCUUUCCUGUUUUGA